AAAUACAGGGUGGGGUGGGGUGGGGAAGGGAGAGCCGGAGAGGCGCAGGCGCAGGGGCAGGGGCGGAAGCAGCGGCGCGACAUGGGGAACAUCUUCGUGAAGAAGCCCAAGGUGACGGACGUGGACAGGGCCAUCCUCACCCUCAAGACGCAGCGCCGGAAGCUCGCGCAGUUCCAGCAGCAGCUUGAGAAGGUAAUUGAAGCAGAAAAGGAAGCUGCACGGCAGUUAGUUCAACAAAAGAAGAAAGAUAGAGCUUUGAUUGCCCUAAAGAAGAAGAAAGCCCAGGAAGAGCUGCUGAAACAAGUUGACACAUGGCAAAUGAAUGUUGAACAACAGCUGGCAGACAUUGAACUAGCAAGUAAACAAAAGGCUGUAUUUGACAGCCUAAAAGCUGGAAAUGCUGCUCUUAAGUCUAUUCAGAAUGAGAUAAAUAUUGAUGAUGUCCAGAAGUUGAUGGAUGACACAGCUGAGGCCAAGGCUUACCAAGAUGAGAUAAAUGCUGCUCUGGGCGAGCAGCUAUCUGCCGAGGAUGAGGAAGCUGUUUUGGCUGAAUUUGAGAACUUGGAAGCACAGCUUGCCGUUGAGUCUCUACCAGAUGCUCCAGUUACUGAAGUACAGCCUGAACAGAAAUCACAAACACCUGCUGACACUGAGGCUGCAGAAGACAUUGACGAGGUUAUCGAGCUUCCUGAUGUACCCACUAAAGCACCAGAGAGACCAGAAGCUGCAGAAAAAGCAAAAGUUUUGGAAGAACCCCUACCUGCAUAGGGGUGGUGGAGCUGAAUUGAAUAGGGAACUCCAGUUUGUGAAAUUUGCAGGAGUUGUAAAUUAUCUGCCGUUUCAUUGUAAUACCACAUCCUCAAGUUGUCUCAGAAUUCUAAUGUGUACAGCAUCUAAAUAUGUUUGUUUAAAAAAAUUUCAAUUAUCAAUUUAUGAAAAGCUGGAUUGCCUUUUGUCCGUUUAAUAACCCCACUGAGUGAACAGAAUGUUGCUUCGAGGCAUUAACCUUUGAAAGUACAGACGGGUUUUCUGUAUCA